AUGGCUCCUACGACGCGUGGCAAGCGCACUCCCAGCGCCAAAGCAAAGGCCGCCUUCGCCACCGCCAGCACGGGAGCGACGCCAACCAAAAAUACAACCUCCCCCAAGAACGGGAAGGGCAAGGUCCACCAUCCCCACCAGCUUCAGGUGUUCGUACCAUGA